AUGGCACGCUCGCAACGUACGACCCAUGGCGGGGAAGAUGCUCUAGGCGGAGAGAUGGCGGCGCUGGAAUUCUGUAGCAUCAACUUCGUCGCCCCGACACACGCUUGCCGCACUUCCCCGUUUGCUUCUUUCCCGUGCUGGAAACCGGCAGCAUCGUUUGCUUCUUUCGCGUGCUGCUCUUUCUGGUGCUGCUCGUCGCUUGUGCAUGCCGCUUGUGCUCGUCGCGUGUGCUCGUUCUGUGUGCACGUCGCUUGUGCUCGUCCGGCGUGUGAGUCUUCUGCUGUGCCUUGUAGCGCAUCGGGCGGCCUUGCAAUCAUCCGCCUUACCUACCAGCAAAUCUGCUUCCGUCCUCCUGCUCGUCCUACGCGUUUCAACUCCGUCGUCGUUCUGCUCGUCGUCAUGCCUUUCGAGUCGCUUGUGCUCGUUGUUUCUGCUUCGGCUUCCAUCGUCCUGAACGCUCGGCCCUCUGUCACCCGCCUUCCCAUGUUCUUGGCUCACCUCUCUCAUCCCAUCCCUUUCCGUUUUCCACCCUCCUCCUUGCAUCCGCUCCUCUUCGCCCUUGCAUGCCCCUCUGUUCCGCGUGGUGUGUUUCAGCGCGCGGCUCCCAUGCCCCAUGCCUGCAGGCGACGAGAUGCAACAGGAGCAGCGCGAGGUGGAGGUGGCGUGCCCGUGGGCAUCACCUUGGUGGGCUACAGGCGCAGCAUUGACAUGCGGCAUUUUCCAAAAGAUUCAUCCUUCGUCUCUGAUAGUCAUACGAAGAACUUCCAGUGCCCAGAGAUGGUGGAGAGGCGCCCGUGGACCAUCCAGGGCCAGCGGGCGCGGAGCGGGGCGGGGCGGGAGAGCGGCGGCCGCCCGCCCGCAGAGGCGGGGGGGGCAGCGCCGAGGAGGGCCGGCGGCCGCGGCGCGGGGCGGGGCGGGGGAGCGGCAGCCGCCCGCCCGCGGAAGCCGAGGGCAGCUCCCGGGAGGGCCGGCGGCCGCGGCGCGGGGCGGGGCGGGGGAGCGGUGGGCGGGCGGCCGGGGGCCGCGUCGGAGAGGGCUGAUGUGCUCCAUCGAUGUGGCAUGUGCAAAUCGCUGGACGCUCGACGAUGCGGUGGAUGGAAAUGA